AUGACAGAAGAUAAACCACUUGCUGCUCUACCAGCAAAUUCUACCUUGGCUCGGAUAAAAUCCAACAACAAAGAGAAGGCAAAUGAAUCUAAAGUCGAAAUCAUGGCUUGCAAAACUGCAAAAGAGGCUUGGGAUAGGUUGAUUGAAGAAUAUCAAGGCAGCGAUAGGACAUGUCAAAUCCAAGUUUUGAACCUGAAAAGAGAGUUUGAGUCCUUGAAUAUGCAGGAGGAUGAAAUUAUCAUUAGUAGUACAAAAUAUGAGCAAAUGAGAGCUGGUAUUUGUGCCUGUCCCAUCCAUUGGUCACAUCUUGUUUCGAUUUGCAAGUUUGUAGAGAAUUUGGUUAGUAGAGAUGAAAGGGUAUAUGUAACAAUUCUCAUUAUAAUAUCACCAUGGGAUGCCUACAUCAAGCGAUGCUUCCCACCUGCUUUUAGCGGAACUUUCCUUGAUCAAGUUAUUGACCCUUUUGUUAAAGAUCCAAUUAUAAGUAACAAGUCAUGGCCGGAUAUUGAUUCGAACCCGAAAAUUAUUGGAUUAGUUAGUGAUAUGUUUUGCACUUCAAUGAUUGAUGUAGCAAAUACACUUGACAUUCCUUCCUAUCUUUCUUUACUUCCGGUGCUGGUUUUCUUGGUUUCCUGCUUUAUCUGUCCGUUUGGCAUGACCAAUUUGGGAGAGAAUUUAAUCGAUCUGAUCCGAAACCAAAGCUUAGUAUCUGAUCCUCAAUUAACUCCAGUUUACACAGUAGGAUUUCUUCUUUACCUUGAGUCACAAAAUGCUAAAGGGAAUUCAAAAUCUGAAGAUGAAGAAAUCAUGAAAUGGCUAGACCAGCAACUACCUUCCUCUGUUCUUUUUCUGUGCUUUGGAAGCGCGGAGGAGAUAUCGCCGGAAGGGUUCUUGGAGAGGACAAAAGACAGAGGAAUAGUAUGUGGAUGGGCACCCCAAGUCAAUAUCUUGGCUCACAAAGCCAUUGGAGAAUUCGUAUCUCAUUGUGGAUGGAAUUCGACUAUGGAGAGUGCAGAGGAGAUGGAGAAAGUUAUAAGAAGCACAAUGGACAGCAAAAAUCUCCUGAGGAAGAGAGUCAAAGACAUGGAAGAGAUCUUCAGGAAGGAGUUGACCGAGGGUGGAUCUUCUUUCAUUUCUGUAGAACGAUUCGCUGAAACUAUUCUCGAUUCCUGUGAUUGA